UAAAAAAUCGCUAUCGAUGUUUUCAUAACACAUUUUUAGGAAAAAGAAUUAUUAAAAUAGGGAAUUAAUAGUAAUUUAAGACACAAACCCGCCAUGCUGAGCCUGAAAACAGUCGCGCAGCUCUUCAAGCAAACCCUGGCAGGGGGCAACAUAGCAACUGUCAACACAGCCGGCCUCAAGUACUUCGCCCCGCCCAUCAAAUACCAGAAUGUGGAGCAGCCGGAGCGGCCCAAGCUGCGGAUCAUGGAGCGCCAGCCGCAGCUGCCGCCGAACAUCCGGCCGCCCAAGAUGCAGAAGCGCCUGCGCUACAUGCGCGGCCCCGAGACGGUGCACAACACGCUGCUGCACAAGCAGUACGCCAUCGUGGCCACCGGCGGCGGCCGCCUGCGCUGGGGCCACUACGAGAUGAUGCGCCUGACCAUCGGCCGCAAGAUGAACGUGGCCACCAUGUUCGCGACGUGGCGCGUCCCUGCGCCCUGGCAGCCGAUCACCAAGAAGGGCCAGGGCCAGCGCAUGGGCGGCGGCAAGGGGGCCAUCGACCACUACGUGACCCCCAUCAAGGCCGGCCGCGUCAUCGUCGAGAUCGCCGGCCGGUGCGAGUUCGUCGAGGUGAGGCAGUUCCUGCAGCAGGUGGCCAACCAGCUGCCCUUCCAGGCGGCCGUCGUCUCGCAGGAGAUGCUCGACGAGCAGCGGGCGGCCGAGGAGGAGCACGCCCGCCAGAACGAGAACCCCUUCACCAUGAAGUACGUCAUCCAGAACAACCUGAGCGGCUGCCACCGGUGGCUCUCGCCCGUGGACCACAAGUGGUUCGGCAAGCACCUGUAGGGUGCUUUAUCUCGCCAAUAAAGAAUCCUUGUUAACCUGUUA